AUCUUAAUAUUUUUUUUCCCUAUAUUCCAUUCAUCUUCUCUUUCCCUCCCUCAACAGGAAGGGCAGAGACAAAUUUAAUCAACCAUUUAACAAAAAAUUAAUUAAAACCUCUAUCUCUUUCUAUAGAGUUGUUGUUUCAAGCUUAGGAUUAAUGGGUACUUUUCGGAUUGGUUUGAUAUUCUUCAUGGUCUUGGCCAUCGUGGCUGAUUCUUCGUUUAGGUUAGAUGGUGACUCACCGCGUUCCGGUGGUGGCAGUGGCAAUGGAAAUGGCUGCAGUGGUCAUAAUGUUGGUGACUGCAUUACGAAAGCUGAGGAGAUGAUGUCGGAUAAUGAGAAUCACCGGCGGUUUCUUGGAGGCCGGGGAUACAUUAGCUACGACUCAUUGAGGGCGAAUAGGGUUCCAUGCAACCGGCGUGGGCAGUCAUACUACAACUGCAAUCAGAGAGGAAGGGCUAAUCCUUAUAGGAGGGGUUGCAGUCGCAUUUCAAGGUGUGCUAGGUAUACUAAUUGAGGAUAUAUAUAUAUAUAUAUAUAUAUAUAUAGAAGUUCAUCGCAUGCAUGCAGAAGAGAGAGAGAGAAAAUAUAGUGUUGAUGGAUGAAGAGUUUUGGGUGAUAGAUAUAUUAUUUACGGGGAAAAAAAGAAAAGAAAAGAAGUUUUUGGUGAUAUAUAUAUAUAUAUUUUUCCCGGGAAAUAUAAGCAACCAUUUAUUCAUCUUUUUAAUAUUCACCAUUUGAAUGUGGUAGCUUGUCCCAUUCACAUUUUUUGAUUUUUGUCAUGUGAUUGGAGUUUUGUGGUUUUUAAUUAUCAGCUAGGGAUUUUGGGGUGAUAGGGGCUCUCCUUGUGUCUGUAGUUGCACCAGUACUAUUGGUGGUCCAUUUUGUCACUUCUGGUGAUAAUAAAAAUCAAAUUAUUCUGACUGUUAUAUCUCACUAGGGUGAUUUUAUUUUAUUUUAUUAUUAUUUUUUUUAAUCUUCUGGUUUUACAGAUAAUAUUACUAUGUUAUAUGUCCUUGGUGAGGUAUUUAACCAUCACAUUAUUUUUAUUUUUUAUUUUACAAUUUUAGUGAUGAUUACUUGUUUCCAAUCAUGAUCACAUCAUGAGAGGAAGGGAAAGUGAAA